AUGGUAUUGCUCUUAUUGCUUUGCUUGACAUCGAUAUGGUCAAAUAUAAUUGCUUUCAAUUUCACAGUAAUUUGUAUGCGCCAUAAAAAUUCCGAACCGAAUCGAAAUUUAAAAGAUGAAAGUGUUAAUGCACUGGAAAAUUAUAGUUCCAUUAAAAAUGCCAGCCAUAGUGCAUAUUUUACGCCAACUGAACGAACUUAUCUUACUUCAAUUGUUGCAGCUGCUGCGUUAAUCGCGAAUUUUCCUCUCUUGUAUCUAGUAAAUAAAUUCGGUGUUCGCGUUAUUUUUACCAUACUUGGAUUUAUCUCAGCCAUAUCGACCUGCCUGCUUCCUGUCGCUGCUUGUCAAAAUUUGUAUUUUCUACUUGCUACACCAAAUUUCAUUGUCAUAGGAGCAUUCACGUCAAGUUGGACUUAUUAUAAGCAGAAUGGUUUAUUUGUAAGUGUACUCGUAGCAUACGUUCAACUAUCUCCAGCUUUAACUAUGCCAGUAAGUGGCGCUCUUUGCUCGACAUCACUUGAUUGGCCAACUGUUCAUUACAUGCAUGGAAUAUUAUGCAUUAUUUUAUUCAUUAUAUUUGGAUUUUUUUACCGCAACAGUCCAUCGAAACAUCCGUUUGUAAGCGAACAUGAAAGAAAAAAGAUUGCAGUCGGAAAAACGGAGGCUUCAAAAGCUGAGAUCAAGAGGAUUCCGUAUAAAGCAAUUUUUCGUACGUGGUCUGUAUGGGCUGUCUGGAUUGCAGCUAUUGGUAAUUUCACAUGCGUCAAUAUGUUGUUUUUAUAUUCACCAACCUAUUUAUAUAGAGCUUUGAAUAUGGAAGUUACUAAAACAGGAUUUGCUGCUGCAUUGCCACCGCUUAUGCAAUUUUUGCUCAAAUUAUUCGCUGGAAUCACUUCUGAUAAGAUAAAAUUUCUGAAUGAAAGAAGUAAAUUAUGGUUGUUCAAUUCUAUCGCAUUUUUCGGCUGUGCUUUUUUCCUUCUCGUUCUUUCGUUCAUAAAUGCUUCUGGCAAAAACAUAGCCGUAUUUUGCUUGGGUGCUGCUGCCACAUGUUUAGGUCUUACAACAGGCGGUUUCUUCAAGGCUGCACCACUAAUUUCAAAGCAUUAUAGCCAUUUUGUGACUGGCAAUAUAUCUUUAGUGCCUUCAGUUGUCUCUGGAUUAGCGCCGAACAAUACUGUUUCUGAAUGGCGUCAGAUAUUCAUAGCAACUGCUGUGGUGCUUGUGGUCACUAAUAUUUUCUUCUGUAAGUCUUUGAAAUGUGAAAAUGCUUUCCUCUUUAAUCUUUCAUUUGGCUGA